ACCAUGCGGAAGAUGACUUGUCAGUGUUGUUGUGGAAAGCUGACAGGCACGUGAGCUGUGCAACGUCGUUUGUACACUACAGUCGACAUGGCGGCAACUACUCCUCCCAAGGUUCUAUUUGAACACGAAGGGGUCUUUGUUCAUUCAAGUACAGAUGAUGUGGACGACCAGGAUUUACUAAUAUCAGGAUUCCUGCGUGUCUUAGAUAAGGAUGGGGAAUCUGUGGUUGAAUAUAAACCACUGGAGGAGUCAGUCGAUCCAUCAAACAUGCUGUGCGCAUGCAAGGACUCCAGUUCAGUGGUGGAGUGGACACAGUUUCCAACGGACCGGUCACAUGAUCACACAGUGGAUCAGCAGCAGAGCUGCGAGACAGAGUGGGACAUGGUGAACACAGUGUCCUUUAAGAGGAAACCCCACGCCAACGGCGAAGGCACCUCUCACCACACACACGAGAAGAACCGCUGGGCCUUCGCCUUCACCACCGCUGACCUGAGAACAGUCACACUGAAGACUGAAGGCUGGACGCACCUGGUCUUCUGCCUGAAGGAUGACACCACCUUGCCCGCCAUCCACUUCCACCAGGGAGGCAGCCAGGAAUUUAUGGACUGCCUGCGGAGAUGCGUUCAUCUAACAGAGAGUCCCAGGGACAAAACAACAUAUCUUGUUAGCUGUCAUAACAAAGCUCUAUCACAGUCCUUUGAGAACCUUUUGGAUGACACCAACUAUGGCCUGGUUCAAAAGCUGAAGAAGGACCCCUACACCACCACACUGGGGGGGUUCUCCAAGGUCACCAACUACAUCUUCGACGCGUUCCGUGCCCCAGAGCUGGAGCAGAGGGAGAGGCCAGAGGAGGAGGUGGCCGAGAUCUUGGGGGAGAUCAUCCCUGGUUUGGAAAUCAGCCAGCUGGAGGAGCCGGGAUUUGAGGUCAUCACACGGGUUGACCUGGGAUCAAGGCCAGAGGUCCAGCGUGGAGACCCUCUCACUCUGGAGGAAUGGCUCAAGUACCAGGACCAGGAGGGCCGAGUGCGCAAAGUCUCACAACUCAAAGAAAGAAUAUUCAAAGGGGGCCUAUGCCAUGUGGUGAGGAGAGAGGCCUGGAAGUUUCUGCUGGGCUACUACCCCUGGAACAGCACCUUAGAGGAGAGGAAGAGCCUCCAAAGGAGGAAAACAGACGAGUACUUCAGGAUGAAGUUGCAGUGGAAGUCAGUCAGUGAGGAGCAGGAGAGGAGGAACUCCAGGUUACGAGAUUACAAGAGUCUUAUAGAGAAAGAUGUCAACCGAACUGACCGGACCAAUAAGUUCUAUGAGGGUCUGGAAAACCCUGGUCUCAUCCUGCUCCAUGAUAUCCUGAUGACAUACUGCAUGUAUGACUUCGACCUGGGUUACGUGCAGGGCAUGAGUGACCUGCUCUCUCCCAUCCUCUACGUCAUGGAGAAUGAAGUGGAUGCGUUUUGGUGCUUUGUCAACUUCAUGGAUGAAUUGCAUGAAAACUUUGAGGAGAAGAUGCAGGGGAUGCGGACACAGCUCGUCCAGCUCAGCACGUUACUACGACUACUGGACCUGGCCUUCUGGAACUACCUGGAGGCACAGGAUUCGGGGUACUUAUAUUUUUGUUUCCGGUGGCUGCUCAUCCGCUUCAAGAGGGAGCUCCACUUCCAGGAUGUGCUCCGCUUGUGGGAGGUCAUGUGGACUGGGUUGCCUUGCCAAAACUUUCACCUGUUGGUCUGUUGUGCCAUUUUGGAUUCAGAGAAGCAAAAGAUCAUGGAUAGGCAUUAUGGUUUCAAUGAGAUUCUUAAGCAUAUCAAUGAACUCUCAAUGAAGCUGGAUAUUGAAGAAAUCCUUCAUAAAUCCGAAGCAAUCUGUUUGCAGAUCAAAAACUGCAAGGAUUUACCUAGCUCGGUUAGUGAGACUUUGGGACUGAAAGUUGACUGUAUUAAACCCACAUUGGAGCUGAGCGACUAUGGGAUCCUGACACCACCUUUGCACACCUCCGGCGAACUCGUUGUCUCCAGCGGCCCCGGACGAUUGUCGGAAACGUCGUCCAAUGGCUACAAAGUAGCCUUCAUCUCGUAGUGAAACUUGAAGACUCGAGGCUCAAUAUAGAGACUUUUCACACUCAUACACACACACACCUGGGAGAACUACAGAACAGAGUUUUACCUUAAACCAGAGGUCAGAGUGCAAACAGCCCAGAGGAAAAAAUGGAAAUUAUAUAUAGAUUCAUAUAUAAAUAAGAAUGUAUAACGAGGGCCUAAAGAGGCCCAAAAUGUAUUAUUUUUGUAAUUUCUUGUAUUAUAUUUUCUUUCAUUGAUAUAAUCAUUCCUUCCCACUCUGUGGAGAGUUUUAGUAAUGUCAAAAAAGGUGGAGUCUACAUUUGGUGGAAAAAAGUUUGUCUUUUCUGAACCAUGCACACAAUUGUUUAAAAUUAAAAUCAACAGAUGCUGUAGUAUAUGUUGAUUUUGAGGCCUUUCAAGAAUUAUAUUUAUUCUUAGAAUAAGAUAAGUAUUAUUUGGACACAGGGAUAGUUUGUAUUUUUUUAUUGGAUGCUGUGUGAUUUCGCUUAUAGGUGUGAUAAUUCAUACUUUUAAGGAUCAUACUUCAUCUGCCAUUUCAUUCUUGAUUGACCAUCAUAGAGUUCUCAGACCUUUUUAUAAGCCAGGGUAUAGACUUUGUACUUAUAUAUACAUACACACACACAUAUGUAUAUUUGUAUGUGUGUAUGUAUGUAAUAUAAUGCAUUUAAUUUGUUAUUUUUAUUGUUUUUGUCCAGGAAAAAGGAAAAUAUUAAAAAUGUAAAUCACUUUUUUUUUAUUUUAUUUUUUUUUAUAAUGUUGGCCUGUAAUUGGAUGGGGAAAUAGUUUGGCAUUUAAAAAGUUUCAAAUGUUGAACUCCAACGCCAUUCUUUCUCAAUCUGAAUACCUAGUAAAUUGAUCUUGUGGAAGGCCCACAAAAAGCAAACAUGUUGUAACACAUUUGGAUUAUUGCCACUUUAGUGGUUUGGAGUUGGCAGUGAUUUUCAUGUAACGUCAAAUCAAGGCAGUUUUCAUAAUAGCAAAAAAUAUAUAAUAAUAAUGUCUGUUUCAAAUACCACACAAAGAAAAGGGUGAAUUAGCCUCAGAUGGUUUCUUAAAUAUCCUCCAUCUGUUUAUUAUAAUUUUUCAGAGCUCUAAUGGACUGGUUUGGCAUUAUUAAACAAGUUGUUUAUUAAAUACUUUAUUUUAAUGUUGAUCAGUAUCAGACUGGUUCUGCAUAAACUUUCAAAAAUGUGUGUUUUGGUUUCUAAAACUGCACAUGUACUGAUCUUUCAUUAGUCACUGCACACCACAGACAAUAUUUUACUAACUUUGUCUGCUUCUACACCCUGAGUCGUCCACUUGUAUUUAGUUGUGUUCACUUCAUACAAUUAAUUCUUAGUUCUGUAAUCAUUUGUUUAUCCUGGGCUGAUCAACUCAUCCAGCACCUGGUGAAGGUUGUGUACAGAUGUGCCUCUUGCAUGAGCAGGGUGGAUAGAAGUGGCCUUGCUUUUUGAAGGCCGACUGUCACAGUGAUGUUACUCAAUGCAAACUAACUGUGACUACAAUAAACUUCAACAUAAUGGGAUGACACCUAAAA